AGAUGCUUAGUUGGUCGUACGGCUUCGUCGCGGGUGGAUUCAACGACGAUGAAGCGCUUACUACUAAUUUGCACCCUUUGCGUUCUCCUCGAGGUCGCCUCCUCGGAGUCACCGUGCACGUUAAUUACAUCCAAGCGCGCGAACACCAUCACAUUCCGAUGCACCCAAUUAACGACCCUGCAAAAGUACUUGAACAAAGCGACAAGCAACACGACGAGCAUUGUGAUUUUCGAUUCCAAAUUGCCUAACAUAGCCGGGCAUAGUUUCGCGAGAUUCGGCGCGACCUUAGUGAUCCUAGAUCUGCACGAUUCGGGCAUCGAGUCGUGCGAUGCUAUGGCAUUCAUAGGCCUCACGAAGCUGGAAAAACUGAUGCUCUGGGGCAAUAAACUGACUCUCGUGCCGGGGGAUUGGUUCGUGAACACGCGCUCCCUGAAGACCUUGGAUUUAUCGUUCAACUUCAUCUGGAAAAUCGACUACACAGUCUUUCAAAUGCUUCCUUAUUUAGAGAACUUCUACUUUGACUACAACCAGCUCCACUAUAUCGACUACAAUAUGUUCGCCUACCUGGGUAAUCUGAAGAAUGUGAAAUUCAGCAAGAACCCGUGGAACUGGGCGUACCGCGCUCGCCUGACGUGGCAAUUGGAGAAUCAGAAGGUCGAGGCGCCGGACGUGUGGGAGGAUUGGAACUGGAUGAACGUCGUCAUCAAGGACUGCAUCGAGAGCGGCCGGGGCGAGCUGCCGAGCGACAAGGUCCUCGACUGCGUCGUGGACAAGCUGCUGGCUUUCACGUACGAGACGUUCAACGAGCAGGAGAAGAGCAGCGCUACCGGUUGCGGCGAACAGGCUAGGAGACUGGUACGUUGCAUGAGACCCACCAACGUCACCGGCAACAGCGAUUACGAGACGGUGCGAAGGAUCCUCGAGGAUUAUUCCGCCAUCUUGCCGCCGAUGGAAAGGGCGCUCAGUCCCUUCCCGUUGAAACGAUAAACGGCGCGCUCUGGCUACACCUUCUCAGGGACUUCUCUUCAGGACUCGUCGCACGUCCGCCGAAGUCGUCGCGCGUCACGUCGUCCACUGUGUUAACGUUCGGCUUCGCUCCGACUCUGAUUGACGCCGCUCGCAAUACUCACUCUGCAUUAUGUCCAUUACGGUCUGCGCGGCUUCGCGAUUCUCGUAGUGAAUAAAGGCGAAGUGAUUGAU